AUGCCAAGAUCAUCAUUACGACAGAAAUCAUGCAAAGGAAAUAAAAACGCCAACAAUUUUCCUACUAAAAUAACGGUUACAGUGAUUUUAAAGAAGCCUUUUGGCUUAAGAAUCAACAAAGGUGAUCUAAGGGUAACACUGGUGGAGCCACGUGGCUCAUCAGUUGGACAAGUGAGCGUGGGUGAUAAAAUCAUUGCGAUAAAUCACGAAAAAUUACAAACAGUUAAGGAUCUGAAUAAACAACUUUCCAAACCAGGGAAAAAUGCAAGAGUUACGCUGGAACGGUGCGGUUUUUCAUGUUGCAAACAUGUGAUAACUACCGUCGAAACGUUAACUGUUGAUAAGGGAAGCUCAUUAAAAGUAUUGCGAGCUGUUGAAGUAUAUAUGGUGCAAAUUCGAAUAGAAUCAUUUCCGGAUAUGGAUCUAACUCAGGAACUUGGCCUAUCUGUGAAAUACAAUAAUAAAGAGCAACUGCAAGUGGCAAGCGUCAUACCCGGAAGCUUAGCAUCUGUACAUCUUCGACCUGGCGAUAUUAUUAAAGAAGUGAAUGGCGAAUACAUUACAAGUAAAACGAUGUUAGCCUUUUGGAUAAGGCAUGGUUUUGAUACCAAGAGACAGAUACAGAUAUUGGUUCAAGCAGGAGUUGAAGAUGAUACGCAUAUUGAAAUGCCUGAGGAUGUGCAACAAAUAGCGCAAAAGCAGCUAACGAUUCUCAGAAGUAAAAAAUUACCAAAAUCUAUGAUCAGCUUAAUGAAACAAACCAAUUCUUCAACCGGAAAACAUAUUAGAAUCUCCAUGGAAGAACCGAAGGAAAUGGGAAUAUGCAGUGAUUACGAUGAAACAACGCUCAGACAUGUUCACAAAAACAAAUGA